UCCAACGGCAUCAGUGAACUCCUGGGUCAUAUUUUUUUCUCCACGGCUCUCCAGUCUCUCCGUCCCUCUCUAGUUCACCAGCUUUCCCUUUCAGUGCGCUCUCGCCUCGCCCGCUUCCAUGGCUUCCUCCACCUUGAAUCGCUGGGUGAGGCCCGAGGUGCUCCCUCUCUUUGCUGCGGUCGGUGUAGCGGUGGGGAUCUGCGGAUUCCAGCUUGUUCGCAACAUAUGCAUCAACCCGGAAGUGAGGGUUAACAAGGAAGGAAGAACAGCUGGAGUUCUGGAGAACUAUGCCGAAGGAGAAAGAUACGCAGAGCAUGGUCUUCGUAAACUUGUGCGCAAAAGGGCCCCUGAGAUCAUGCCCAAACUUAACAGUUUCUUCACUAAUCCAUCCAAAUGAGGCUAUGGUUGGGUCAUCUAUCUAUCUUUCCUUAGUUGUCCGCAAGCACUGUGUAUUUUCACAUGGUUCUUCAGAACUUCUUGGAUCUUAGCAUCAAUCUUGUACUUAAUGGUGCGAAGUUUUUCUUUUGAUUUA